UUCACAGCGUCGCGUGUAUGCGGAAAUAGCGAAGGCGGAAGUGCUAAACAGGCUGGCGGAUGAUCCUGAUGUUGAGUUUCUUCUGAACACAGACGGAGGAAUUGUCCUUUUCCCAGGAGGAGCUUCAGCAGGGAGUCCCGCUCAUGAUGGAGGACUGUAACCCAGAGUCCGUGGCGUCUCCAGCAGGGCAGAGCUCCGGCAAGUCCAAGCUGGACACUCUGUCUAAAGAAGAUCUGAUAAAGUUUGCGAAGAAGCAGAUGGUGGCCAUGCAGAAGAUGAAGAGCAAGUGUGCAGAUCUGGAGCAGCAGCUGGAGGUGCAGAAGCGUGGGUCGGUCAGUGGUCCCGCAGACUCCUCCAUCAUUCAGGAGCUGACGGAGCGGAUGGACGCUUUACUGCUGGAGAAAGCCGAGAGUCAGCAGAGCCUGGGGUUACUGCGCAGAGAGCACCAGGAGCUCCAACAGCAGGCACAGGACACAGCGGGAAGAUUAGCAGCACUUCAGGAGGAGCUGGACUUAAAGAAUAAAGAGCAUGCAGAGAUGCAGGAGCACAUGGCAGAGCUCACGGCUAGCUUUAAGACCACCUGUAGCGAAUACGAGUGCAGGAUAUCCCAGACUCAAGCAGAGCUGGAGGACGCCCAGCGGCAGGCCAUGGUGACAGCAGACACCCAGCAGAAGAGCCUGACCGAGGCACAGCAGGAGGUGGAGAACCUUCAGGCGGAGAUCCAGAGGAUGACCAGCCAGUAUGAGGAGGAUCUGCGCUUUCUGGAGGAGCAGAUGGAGCUCAACAAUGCAGACUUCCAGAGGGAGCGGGAGCGCCUGCUGCUCCUGCAGGAUGAGUUGUCGGAGCAGCUGGAGCUGAAGGAGGGAUUCCUGCAGGAUGUCCAGGAGGAGGAGGAGGACAGCAGACCUCCACGGCAGACUGCAGAUCUCCCAGUUGAAGACCAGCUCAGACCCGCCCUGGAGGAGCACCUGCAGACACACAACAUGAUGCUGCAGGAGGAGCUGGUGCUGCUUCAGAACGUGAAGCUAGAGCUGGAGUCUGAGCUGAAGCAGAUGCGGGAGGAGUUCUCUGUGGAGAAGGAGGAGCUGGAGUUCAGGAUCAACGAGCUGCAGAUGAACAAGGACACGGGCAGAGAGAUGUGCAGCACCUCUGAAGAAGAGUCUCGAAACAAAGUUCUGCAGCAAGCUGAAGCCUGCCUUAGUGCUGAGGGAGAUGGGCAAGAAGACAAGCAGGAAAAUGAAAAGGUUGUGCAAGAAGACAGGCUUGACAACAGGCCAGAAGAUAUACUUGAAAACAGGAAAGAAGUCGAGCUAGAGUUAGUGCUGGAAGAAGGAGGGGAAGAAGGAGGGCUUGAGAACAGACCAGGAUUCUGGCAAGAAGAAAGGCUUGAAGAUGGACACCAAGUCGAGCAAGUUGUUGAGCACGUAGAUAGGCUAGAAGAUGGGCUUCUUAUUGAGCAAGAAGACAGUCUCCACACUGACAAGUUGCAGGACCAAGCCUCACCUGUGGAGAGCCUGACAGUCAAGAACAUCAUCCUGAAUCAGGACAUGGAGCUGAGAGACAGAGCAGAGCACUUUAUACAGCAGUACAGAUCCAUGAAGGAGGAAACGGCAGCAUCACUGCUGGAUCUGCAGGAGCGGCUGAAGAAUGUCCUUCAGGAGCAGCACAAUCCUUCAGGGCCUAGCACAGAUGAUGGAGGACUCAACCUGUCCUUGGAGGACCUGUGGAGCAGAAAUGAAGGAAUCCUUGUGAAUCUGCAGCGUGAGGAGACUCUGGUGAUGGAGAUGCUGGAGCUGAUGGGCUGUGGAGCAGAGCGAGGGCCGUUCCAUAAGCAGGAGGGUUUGAUGGAGGAUGAGCGUGUACACCACCUCCAGGAGGAGAUCUCCACUCUUCAGGCCCUGCAACAGGAGAGUGGAGAUGCCAUCAGGCUGCUGAAUUCUCAGAUCCAGAGUCUCUCAGAAGAGAAGAGCAGCCUUCAGGAGCGCCUCUCUGCUGUUCAGUGCCGCAUCACUGAGAUCCUGCAGCAGAGCUCAGGCCAGGCCGAGACCAAUGCAUCUGACAUAUCCACACUGGUGGAGCGGCUCUGGAGUUGGUGUGUGGAGGAGCAGGCACUGCUGAGACAGCAGGUACAGGAGCAGGCGGAGCAGCUGAGGGCGGAGCAGCUGAAGGUAGAGCAGCUGAGGGCGGAGCAGCUAAAGGUGGAGCAGCUGAGGGCGGAGCAGCUAAAGGCGGAGCAGCUGAAAGUGGAACAGCUGAAUGCAGAGCAGCUAAAGGCGGAGCAGCUGGGGGCGGAGCAGCUGAAAGUGGAGCAGCUGAAUGUGGAACAGCUAAAGGUGGAGCAGCUGAGGGCGGAGCAGCUGAAGGUGGAGCUGGACAGCUUGAGGCUGGCGGUGGAGGAGCAUGAGGUGGAGCUACAGACACGCACACAUGAGCUCCAGCAGGAGAGGGACAUGCUGAAGGCCAGUCUGGCUGAUGUGGUGAUGGACACAGAGGGACUGCAGAAGGACCUGAGCCAAGUGCAAACCAUGAACGAGAAGCUGAGUGCAGAAAACCUCCGUCUGCUGGCCGAGGUCUCUGAGCUGAGCAGUCAGUUGGAGGAGGAGCGAGCGGAGGUGUCUGAUGAACCCGACUCAACGGUUCCCCAGGCAGACGAGCUCCAGCAGGCUCUCGCUGACAGAGACACUCUAAUAUCUCAGCUCAGAGAAGAGGUCGGACACCUACAGCAGAGCCAGGAGUCUCCUGUGUCUGACCAAAGUGAAAGACUCACCGCAUUAUCUGAAGAACUGGAAAAACUGAAGAAAGAAAGCAAAGACAAAGAUGAGCGCAUGAACAAAAUCAAAGCUGUCGCCGUCAAGGCUAAGAAGGAGCUGGACAACAGCAAGAAGGAGGUGCUGGGCCUGAGGGAGGAGGCGGAUCAGCUGAGGGCGGAGCGGGACCGGUUGUCUCGCUCUGUGAAGGACAUCAUCCACGGGGCCGAGGACUACAAGAACCUGAUGGUAGACUAUGACAAGCAGACCGAGCUGCUGGACCAGGAGAAGGAGAAGCUGGAGCAGGCGGAGAAGCACAGUGAAGAUUUGAGCAGACGGCUCCAGCUCACCCUGCAGCAGGCUGAGCUGCUGUCGUCUGAGCGUGAGGAUCUGGCAGCCCGUGUGGAGACGCUGCAGAGUAACGUGCGGCUGCUGGAGGUGCAGAUUCUGGAGCUGCAGAAGCAGAAGAGCAGCCUGGAGAGAGAGCUGGAGGCGGAGCGGCUCGUCCGGGAGCAGAAGAGCAGAGAGCAUUUGUGUGCGGUGCGGGAGCGGGAGGAGCUGCAGGCUCAGCUCAACACACACACACUUCAGCUCCAGAACACAGCACAGGAGCUGGAGCAGUUGAGAAAGGGCGCUCAGCAGAGCAGUCUGCUGGACAUGGAGAUGGCGGACUAUGAGAAGCUGGUGCGGGAGCUGAACCUGCAGCUGAGCGAGCGCGAGCGGCUGCUGGAGGAGACACACACACACCUGCGCACGCAGAAGGAGCGAGAGCAGCAGCAGAGCCAGGAGAUCGACUCGCUGAAGCUGCUGCUGGAGCAGGCGGAGGAGAAAUCCUCCAAGAUGAAGCAGAUGCUGGUGAAGAGCAAGAAGGAGCUGGCGGACGCUAAGCAGAGCGAAGCGGCUCAGAUGAGCAGCCAAUCAGCACUCAGAGGAGAACUGGAGGCCCAGCAGCAGCAGCUGGAGGAGUAUAAGAUCCAGUGCAGUGAGCUGACAGCGGAGCGUCACCGUCUGCAGGAGCAGCUGAGGCUGGCGGGAGAGCAGCAGCAGCGGGCCGCCAGCUCCUAUCAGCUGAGUGUGAGCGCACUGCAGGACCAGCUGACCGCCGCACAGGUGACACACACACACACACACACACACACACACACACACACACACAGAGUUACAGCUCCACCUGCUGGACAAUCUGCUUCUGCACCAGACUCAUGUACUCAAACUGCUGGUGUGUGUGUGUGUGUGUGUGUCAGAGAGCAGCUGGAGGAGGUGCUGCAGCAGCUGCGCAGCCGUCUGCAGGAGACGCAGCAGAGCCUCCAGAGCAGCACAUCAGAGCUGCAGCAGCUGCAGGCGGAGCACGACACACUGCUGGAGCGACACAACCGCAUGCUGCAGGAGAGCGUCAGCAAAGAGGCAGAGCUGAGGGAGAGGCUCUUGUGUCUGCAGUCGGAGUGUGUGUCUCUGCGCUCGGAGCACAGUCAGUGUGCGUCUCACCUGUCGGCUCAGACUGAGGCUCUGCGCAGCGGCUUCCGGGAGCAGACACGCCACCUACAGGACGAACACUGCCGCACACUGGACACACUGCAGCAGCAGAUCAGCCGGCUGCAGACACAGCUGUUCCAGAUGCAGAAGGAGCCCGCCAGCACAGGCGCAGCACAGGGCCAGGCCAGCAGGAGGAGUGUGCUGGAGCGCAGGCUGGAGGGCUCUCAGGUGGAGCUGCAGGCGCGGGAGGAGGGAGAGGGGAUGGAGACCAUUGAGACAGAGCCGCUGACCUCCAGCGGGACACCUCCACCCUCACUAGAGCAGCUGCUGAACACCACACACAUCAAACACGAGUCUGUGGUGUGGCAGGAGGAGCCCAGUAUCGAGGAGCUGCGUCUGAAGCUCAGUUCAGCGUCCCGCAGUGUGGAGCACCUGAGCAGCCUCCUGCACGAGACGGAGGCCACUAAUGCUGUGCUGAUGGAGCAGAUCACUCUGCUGAAGAGUGAGCUGCGGCGUCUGGAGAGGAAUGAGCAGAGGGAGAGGUCCGUGGCUAAUCUGGAGUACCUGAAGAACGUCCUGCUGCAGUUCAUCUUCCUGCGCGCCGGCACCGAACGCCAGGCCCUGCUGCCCGUCAUACACACACUGCUGCAGCUCAGCCCCGACGAGAAGAACAAGCUGGCGGCCAUCGCUCAGGGUGAGGAGGAGUCUGCAGGGUCUCGAGGGUCCGGCUGGUCUUCAUAUCUGCACAGCUGGUCUGGCAUCAGAUGAUCCACACACACACACUCCCAAUUCCCCCCAAACCCCCCCCCCCACACACACGCCGUGUCUCUGGGCCUUGUUUUCUGCUGUUUUAUUAAUGCAGGAUUGAGCAUAAUGAGUGUGUGUGUGUGUGUCUGUAAUCCUCAUCUGCAGCUUCAAUGAAUGUGUGUAAAUAAGAGCGUCAGUCACACACACACACACACACACACACACACACGAGUGUCUCUGGGCCUUGUUUUCUGCUGUUUUAUUAAUGCAGGAUUGAGCAUAAUGUGUGUGUGUGUGUGUGUGUGUGUGUGUGUGUGUCUGUAAUCCUCAUCUGCAGCUUCAAUGAAUGUGUGUAAAUAAGAGCGUCAGUCACACACACACACACACACACACACACACGAGUGUCUGUCAGAGAAUAUAUUACUCAGAGUGUGUUCUGUUUCUCCUCUUUGGAGUGUGUGUUGCUGGUUGUUGUUCUGUAAGUGUGUCCUGAUGUGUGUAUGUGUGUGUGUGUAUGUGUGUGUGUGUGUGUGUUGAUUAAUGAUGUUUUAUCUGGAGCUCAGUGCAGAUGUGUGUGAGAAUGGACCAAUCACUGCGCAGAACACACUAAUAAACUGUCUUCACUGCU